AUGGGUUUUACUGGUCCACAAGGCCCGGAAGGUCCAAUGGGUUUUACUGGUCCACAAGGCCCGGAAGGUCCAAUGGGUUUUACUGGUCCACCAGGGCCUCCGGGUCAGAAUGGUACACCAGGUCCUGUAGGUCCACAAGGCCCGGCAGGUUUCAAUGGCCCAAUUGGCCCACCAGGGCCCCCGGGUCUGAAUGGAGCACCGGGUCCGGUAGGUCCACCCGGACCGGCAGGUCCAAUCGGUUUUAAUGGCCCCGCUGGUCCACCAGGACCCCCGGGUCUGAAUGGAGCACCGGGUCUGAAUGGCGCACCGGGUCCUGUAGGUCCACCAGGCCCGGCAGGUCAGAAUGGUACACCAGGUACACCAGGUCCUGUAGGUCCACCAGGUCCAAUCGGUUUCAAUGGUACCAAUGGUGCAGCAGGUCCACCAGGUCCACCAGGUCCGGUAGGUCCAGCAGGUCCAGCAGGUGUGAAUGGCGCAUCAGGCUCCGCAGGCCCGGCAGGUCCAGCAGGCCCGGCUGGUGCAGCAGGCCCGGCAGGUCCAGCGGGUGCAGUAGGUCCGGCUGGUGCAGCAGGCCCGGCAGGUCCAGCGGGUGCAGUAGGUCCGGCUGGUCCAGCAGGUCAGAAUGGCGGCCCAGGCCCAGUUGGUCCAGUCGGUCCAGCAGGUCCGAACGGUGGCCCAGGCCCAGUCGGUCCAGCAGGUCCAGCAGGUCCAGCAGGUCAGAAUGGCGGCCCAGGCCCAGUCGGUCCCGUCGGUCCUAUUGGUCCAGUUGGUCCUAUUGGUCCCAUUGGUCCCAUUGGUCUCACAGGCGCAAUUGGUCCAGUUGGUCCAGUCGGUCCCGCAGGUGUGAAUGGUACUAAUGGUACGGAUGGCCCAGCCGGUCCUGUUGGCCCAGUUGGCCCAGUUGGUCCCGUCGGUCCCAUUGGUCCCAUUGGUCUCACAGGUGCAAUUGGCCCAGUUGGCCCAGUCGGUCCUGUUGGUCCAGUCGGCGCAGUCGGUCCAAUUGGUCCAGUCGGUCCAGUUGGUCCCAUUGGCUUAACAGGUCCAGCAGGUGUAAAUGGUACUGAUGGCCUAGUUGGUCCAGUCGGUCCAGUCGGUCCUGUUGGUCCAGUUGGUCCAGUUGGUCCCAUUGGUCCCAUUGGUCCCAUUGGCUUAACAGGUCCAGCUGGUGUAAAUGGUACCGAUGGCCUAAUUGGUCCAAUCGGUCCAAUCGGUCCUAUUGGUCCAGUUGGUCCAGUCGGUCCCAUUGGUCCCAUUGGCUUAACAGGUCCAGCCGGUGUGGAUGGUACAAAUGGUACCGAUGGUGCAGUCGGUCCUAUUGGUCCAGUUGGUCCAGUUGGUCCCAUUGGUCCCAUUGGUCCCAUUGGUCCCAUUGGCUUAACAGGUCCAGCUGGUGUAAAUGGUACCGAUGGCCUAAUUGGUCCAAUCGGUCCAAUCGGUCCUAUUGGUCCAGUUGGUCCAGUCGGUCCCAUUGGUCCCAUUGGCUUAACAGGUCCAGCCGGUGUGGAUGGUACAAAUGGUACCGAUGGCGCAGUAGGUCCUAUUGGUCCUAUUGGUCCUAUCGGUCCUAUUGGUCCUAUUGGUCCAACAGGUCCAACAGGUCCAGCAGGUGCCAAUGGUACUAUCGCCGAGUAUGACUACCUUGGCUGCCUUACGGCGGGCGGAACGAAUGGCCUUACAGGCACCGUAAUCACAUUCGUCGAAGUAACAUCAGUCAGUGACUGCGCCAGUGUUUGCGCCACGGGUCCUAACCCUUCUCUAUUCUUUUCAUUGGCAACAGUGGCUGGUGCAUCUACUUGCACAUGUGGAAAUGCCCUCGAUCCCACGACCACCGACGACAUCCACAAUCAGUGCAACCAGCUUUGCACAUUCACUGAAAAUGGCACCCCUGUCUAUUGCGGUAAUACCGCUGGCACGUUGGUGUCCGUCUUUGGUGCAAUCUAG